GACCACCAGCCGACCCAACAAAUAUAAUAUCGGGCGGAGGCCAAAACCCCUCCCCUCUGCGAAUACCCUCACACCAAACCUCCGCAAACCCCAGGAGGAAAUUUGCCGUCUUCCAUGGCGACAUCAAUUGCUUCACAGCUUCAGGCCAUCAAAUCCCUAGUAGUCUCUGAUUCAGAGCCGCAGAAACGGCCAUUUUCACGGCCUUCAAUCUUGUUCCAACCAACCGAAGCAGCGGACAUAGACGUCGAGACCAUCUAUUCAAUCGCUCUCACAGGCCUGGAUGUGCUAAUAAGUACUGAAGAAAGAUUCAGUAAUUACAAAAAUGACUUAUUUAGUCCCAAAAGUAGAGAUUUGGAUAGGGAAUUGAUGGGGAUUGAUGAAAACAACAGAAUCGAUUCAUCAAUCAGUUCAUAUUUGCGGCUACUGUCUGGAUAUUUUGAGCUGCCUUCGUCGUUAAAGACAUUAGAGUAUUUGAUUCGAAGAUACAAGAUUCAUGUCUAUAAUAAAGAGGAGUUAAUUUUAUGUUCUUUGCCAUACCACGACACACAUACAUUUGUUCGAAUCAUCCAACUAAUAGACACAGGGAAUACAAGAUGGAGAUUUCUUGAUGGGGUGAAGAGUACUUGUGCACCACCACCUAGGAAGGUUAUCGUGCAACAAUGUCUACGUGAUAUGGGGGUUUUAGAAACUUUGUGCGAAUAUGCCACACCAACAAAGAAGGUUCAACCAUCUGUGCCUGUAAUUGGAUUCUGUACUGCUGUGGUUGUUGAGGUGUUGGGCUCCCUAAUGACUAUUGACAGUGAUGUUGUGAAGAGAAUUCUACCUUAUGUUACUUCUGGACUUCAACAUCGUGGUAAACGAGGUGAUGAUCAAAAGGCGGGUGCCUUGAUGAUUGUAAGCCUGCUAGCUGAUAAGGUAGCCCUAUCACCCAAUGUUGUUAGAAGCUUGAUUCGCUUCCUAGCAGACGUGUCUAGCAGUGUUGCAAGGGAUUCAACUGAUGUACAAUGGUUUCGUAUGUCCUUUAUGGCCCUGGUGAACCUUGUUCAGUUGCAAGCCGUGGAAUUAAUUCCAAAGAAGAGCAUGGACAUUCUGAAUGAGAUCAGGGAUGUUCCGGAAAUUCUCAGUGGUCUGGCAGAAGAGUUCAACAUUGAUAAGUUCCUGGGCAUAUUUUUGGACUCUCUACUUGAGUACAGUUUUUCUGAUGAAUUAUUCCAUCAGACUUUAAUACUGAUAAUUGAGAAUGUUCCCGUGAAACGCUUUGUUGAUCGUAUAGUCACAAAGAUUCUAAAUACAUGUGCAAGGCUAUAUAAGAACAGAGAUUCAACAGCCUCUAACACAGGAAAUUUGGCUGAACAAAUUGUGGCAUCUAUACAUAAGAAGUAUCCAUCUGAGCUGCGAAAUGCAGUUAACAAUUUUCUUCAGUCCAAGAAAGAGGGAUCCAAUCAUGAAAUGCUAAGUCGGAUGCUAGAUGGGAAUAAGGAUUUCUCACAAACACUACUUUAUUCAAAACUAUGGUUUUCCUUGGAGCAUCCUAAGGCAGAGAUUCGCCGCUCUACUAUUUUGGGGUUGGAUGUGCCAAGUUUGUUAAAGGAAAAGGCUGCUAGUUCUCUGGGAUUUGGUACUAUUCAAGAUGCAAUAUCAAAUAGGCUUUAUGAUGAUGACCUAAGUGUUGUUAAAGCAGUUUUAAAUCUGGAGGCACUAGCUGAACUAGUAAAUCCUUCAUUUCUUCAAGAUGCACUUCAGAAUGUGCUUCAAAGAUGCAUUGGAACUUUGGCAUCGAGUUCAGUGCAUGAGUCCUCUUUAGCAGUUGAUGUUGCUGUGGGCUGUCUUCAGCAUUCUGUGUCAAGUUGCCAAGAGAUUGGGUUUUCUGCUAAGAAAUUUGCAGCAUUAGUUUUCCCAUUGAUCUUGAUUUUUCCGAAGACACGUGAAUUGAAUGCAAAGGCUUUGGGAAUGGCCAGGGAAAUAAAGUGGCCUUUGUAUACCAAGCUUGCAUGUGUGUCAGAGCAUAAGAAGAUAUUGGAUGCUAGCUCUAUAUCCUCGGUAAAUGCAGAAAAUGUCCACACAUUGGCAACUACUCUCGUAAUGCAUCUUGAAGAGUAUCUUCCUUGGAUGGUAGAAUGCUGCAAUGCAUCGGAGCAAUCAACAACACUGUUCUUAUUGGUUUUAUUGGACCUACUCACGUUGCCAGAAAUAGGGGACCAGAGUUUGACGUUGUUCAACAUUUGCUUUCCAAUAUUAAAAACUCAGUGGGAAAUGCUCAAGUCAUCAGGGAAUGUUACAUCUGCAAGUCCGUUUAACGUGGACAUGGAUGGAGGCCACAAAAGGUUCUUGGAACGCAUGGAUGUCACUAAAAUAAAAGAAUUAAAUGCAGAGAUUCUUGUCUGUGUGUUUUGGAGAUUACUUGAGACUUUUAUUUCAAAUGCACCAGAAGAUGUAUUAUUGGACAAGAAUGAGAAGUGGGUUUGCUCUCUUCAAGACCUGCAUGUCUUUUUCAUGUCCCAAUCAAAACAUACAUUCAAGAAGCAUCAUGAUUACCUUGUUACAAACUGCAAGAUUUCUCCAUCUCGCUACUUGUCUAAAUUCUUCACUGAAGAAGGUCAUUCAGCAGAGCUACAAAUUGAGAGUCUUCAUUCUUUUUCAUAUCUUUGUUCUCAAACGGAAGACAGCCUUGCAUUUCAACUCUUUGCUGAGUUUCCUUCAGUUCUUGUUCCAUUAUCAAAUGAUAACCAGUGUGUGCGGAUGGCAGCCAUGAGCUGUAUUGAAGCACUUCAGACUAUGUGGUCACGAGUUAAUUUCUCCAAAUUUAAAAAUGGCCUUUCUGCUGUUUGGGUCGAUUUUCUUGGAGAUCUGUUGGCCUUAAUGGUUCAGCAGAAGAAGCUGAUUAUCUCAGACAUGAAUGUUCUCCCAUCUUUCCUAGCAUCAUUGCUAAGCUCUUCAAACCAGAGCCUUUUAUUGCAGCAUAAUAUUGGAAAGAGAUUUGAUCAGAAAACAAAAGAUAAAAUCUUGGUUUUCAUUGUAUGUUAUGGUCUAGGACUUUCUGCUUAUGCAAAGCUAAGAAUUCUAUCACUACUUAAAGGCUUAGGAAGCGUACUAAUGCACAUUGCUGGUGUCAAGUCACAUCUAUGUGAGCUUCUGAAAAGGCGCGGUGAAUAUCACCUUGGAUAUGAUAAAUCAUAUCCUAAAUUGUCAAAGGAAGAAGUUUCCAUUCUUUGCCUUCUAUUAGAUAUCUGUACCGGCCCUUCUAUUUGUAUUGCUGGUAAGGAUUUGAAGGACCCAAUAAUGAUGGCUCUGCAGUUCAGUGCUGUACCGUCUGAAGACCCAGCUGUUGUGGAGCCCUGUGUGACUGUUCUGAGGAAUCUUACCAAUUCUCUUUUUGGAAUGUUAGAAACCGCAACUCAGGAGAUUCUCGUUCGAGACCUUGUGUGUCUGUUUCGGGCUGCCAAUAGUGAAAUACAAGAUGCUAGUAAAGGGGUCUUGCUCCGGAUUGAUAUUAGUUGCUCCAUUGUUGCACGCAUGCUUGAUUACAUCAUAAGUGUGAAAACUAAUACUCUAGGCUCAGCAGAUGGAAGGAGAAAAAAGAAAGGAGCGAUCCAUCAAGAUUCUGAUGUUUGUGGUUUGAUUCCUAAGGCCGUAGAUCCACUUGCUUUUACCAGCUCACUACUUGAUAUUCUAUUGUUGAAGAAAAACCUGGAGAACAGAAUCUCUCUUCUAGGUCCGUUGUUCAAGCUUCUUCACAAGGUCUUUAUGGAAAGUGAUUGGAAUCAUUUUGCAGCACACUCAGAUACUAUUUUGCCUACGUCAGAAAAUUCUCAGAAUGUUACUGUAAUUAACAUUCAACAGACAUUGCUUUUAUUAUUGGAAGAUAUUACUACUUCAGCUGCAGCAAAGGAUAAUGUAGUAGGCCUUGAGAUUGAACUCUUAAUCAGAUGUGCCCGUUCUACAACCAAUUCUGUGACCUGCAAUCAUGUUUUAUCAUUGCUAUCUACGAUAGCAAAGGUCAUGCCCAACAGAGUUUUGGACCAUAUUUUGGAUAUUCUGAUUAUUGUGGGUGAAACCACUGUGACACAGUGGGACAGCUAUUCCCAACAUGUUUUCGAGGACCUCAUUUCUUCUAUUGUGCCAUGUUGGUUGUCUAAAACUGACAGUAUAGACAAUCUGCUACAGAUCUUUGUGAGUUUUCUACCAGAAGUUGCGGAGCAUAGAAGGCUUUCAAUUGUUAUGCAUCUACUGAAGAACUUAGGAGUGGAUACUAGUUUGGGAGCACUGUUCUUUCUUCUCUUCCGUUCACUUAUCUCAAAAAAGCAUUUGGCAUGUACUGGUGAUGCCAGCCCUCUAAGCUACUGUAGCUCUAGCAUUAGAAUGGAGUGGGAGUAUACAUUUGCAGUGCUGUUAUCUGAGCAAUAUGAUUGCUCUGUAUGGCUUCCCUCUAUUGCUAUUCUGCUACAGAAAAUAGGAAUAAAUUGUUGGAGUGAAGAAAUGUUUAUGAUCUUGGCAGUUGCAGAGCAUUUUGCUUCAGAUAAAUUGCAAAAUCCUGAAAUUGCAUUCAAGCUUGAUACAAGAGAUAUAUCAGAAAGCUUGCAGCCAACUAUUGGUUCUAUUUUUGAACAUAUGGUCUCUCACCUGCUGCUAGUUGAAUCCAAAAAGCAUCAAAUGGGUAUUCCUAUAAUCAGGAAGGAGCUGAGAGAGAACAUACGGUCUGUCUUAAAGGCUGUUUCAAAGUGCCUAAGACCUCCAAUAUACUUCAACAUUGUUGUGCAAUUGCUUGAAAAUGCGGAUAUUAAUGUCAAAAAGAAGGCCCUUGGAAUUUUGUGUGAUACAGUGAAGUCCACGGCUACAAUUGAUUCAAAACAUGGGAAAAAAGAAUUAACUUCAACCUCAAGAAACCCAUGGGUUCUUUUGGAUGAGGCUGCUUUGGAAGGGUUCAACAAAAUGUGUCUAGUUAUACUAAAAUUUAUUGAUGAUUCUGGCAAACACUCUAGUAGUCAAUUGAAAGUAGCAGCAGUCUCGACCAUUGAAGUUUUAGCUCUUCGGUACCCUUCAGACAACUCAGUCUUCCACUUGUGUCUUUCAUCUAUUUGUAAAAGUAUAUGUGCGGACAAUUCUUCUGUCUCUUCUGGAUGCCUACGUGCCACUGGUGCACUGGUCAAUGUGUUGGGGCCAAAAGCACUGCCUGAGCUUCCUUGUAUCAUGGGAGCCUUGAUACAGAAGUUUCGCAGUUGCUCUAAGUCUGCUAUAUCAAUUUGUGAACAAAAUGAGGGCAGUCUUAUUGCAUCAUCCGAAGAAAGCAACUCUGUGUUUAUGUCUAUUCUUGUUUCCUUAGAUGCAGUAGUAGAUAAGCUAGGUGGGUUCUUGAGUCCACACCUGGGUGAUAUUCUUGAACUUCUUGUGUUGUGUCCUCAAUAUACAUCCACAUCAGACGUACAGUUGAAGUUAAAAGCUGAUGAUAUAAGAAAGCUCAUAGCGAGUAAAGUCCCUGUUCGUCUUUCCCUUUCUCCAUUGCUGACAAUAUACCCUGAUGCCAUUAGAUGUGGGGAUUGUAGUUUAUCAAUUGCUUUCAAAAUGCUUGGAGAUGUAGUUGCUACCAUGGACAGAUCAACUAUUGGUGCUUAUCAUGUCAAGAUUUUUGACAUGUGCUUGCAAGCACUUGAUCUUCGCCGUCAGCUGUUGGCUUCUGUGAAAAAUGUUGAACUUGUAGAGAAAAGUGUCAUUAAUACAAUGGUGGGUCUUUCUAUGAAGCUGACAGAAACUAUGUUCAGGCCUCUUUUUAUUAAGAGCAUUGAAUGGUCAAACUCGAAUGCUGAAGAAAAUGAAACAAAAAACCCAAACGAUCGCAUCAUUUCAUUCUAUGGCUUGGUGAACAUGUUUACUGAAAACCAUCGGUCACUGUUUGUCCCGUACUUCAAGUACUUGCUGGAGGAUUGUGUAAGACACCUCAAACAGGUUGAAGAUGGGAAAGAUGCUGGCACUCAGAAAAAGAAAAAAGCCAAGCGUUCGGAAACAAACAAGGAUGCAGAUUGCGGUAUAUCUGUUGGAGCGUGGCAUCUAAGAGCACUGAUUUUAUCUUCACUGCACAAAUGUUUCCUUUAUGAUAAUGGAAUUAAAAAGUUUCUCGACUCAUCCAAUUUCCAGGUCCUUUUGCAGCCUAUUGUCUCACAGCUAGACGUAGAUCCCCCACUAUUAUUAGAACAAAAUCCAAGCGUACCUUCUGUGGAGGAAGUUGAUGACUUGUUAGUUUCAUGCAUUAGUCAGAUGGCUGUCACUUCUGGCUCUGACCUUCUAUGGAAGCCCUUAAACCAUGAGGUUUUGAUGCACACCCGUAGCAACAAACUGCGGACGCGCAUCUUGGGUUUGAGGGUGGUCAGGCAGCUGGUGCAGAGCUUGAAAGAAGAGUACCUGCAGUUUUUGGCAGAAACAAUUCCAUUCCUUGGCGAACUGCUAGAGGACGCAGAGCCAUCUGUGAAAUCACUUGCACAAGAUAUCCUCAGGGAGAUGGAAUCCCUGAGCGGCGAAAGCAUUCGCCAAUACCUAUGAAGAAGUGUUGGAUUGUAUACUACACACACACACUAAUAUUCUCAUUUGUAGCACUAAGUGUUGUAUAUUAUCCAGUGACCAUAUAGGCUAUUGCCGUCAAAUUUUGAUGAUUGCCAGUACUACUUUCCUUUUCAUAUUUAAGUUUCUAUAUUUUCGAGUUUAAGAAAAAAAAGUAGAAUUA